CCUGAGCUGAGGCAACACCAGUACUCGAGCAGAGCUCGGUCGGAUGGCGCUUCUAACGCUACUACUGUCGCGGUGGCCGCUGCUGUCGCCGUGGCUCAGCCCCGCCGCGGCGUGGUUCAUCUUCUUCAACGCCGUUGUCGGCGCCAUCGCCGUCAUGUCGACCAGUGGCGCGGCCGUGGCCGGGGCCGGGGCCACGUCGUCGCCUCGGCGCAGGCUCUGCCGCAGCGGGUCCUCAUCAUCUAUGGUCCUGGAUCGGCUCCGCUCCUUCUUCAUCUUUCCCGUGGGGCAGCUGCCGAUCGAUGAAAGCAGUGCUGCCUCGGGCUCGUACUGCUGCUCCCCGGAAGCAGAGGCGGCGUCCGCGACUCAGGUGUGCGCACCUCAGCGCAAUCCACAGGAGGUGGUGGCUGCAACAGCCGGCGCGCCUGUGGCGAUGGCAACAGCGGAGGACGACGCGCCUCCCGCACCGCCACCGUCGUCGUCGGAGGAGGAGGAGGACAGGGCAGAGGCAGAGAAGGAGCAAGACCAUGAUGAGUCCAUCAGCUUGGACGAGGCGUACGCGCUAGCCCAGCGGCAUCGCGCGAAGCCAACGGCGUCGCCGCCGCCGCCAUUAGCAGCAGCAGGCUCUGCCACGGCUGCCCCUGCUGCGUUGCCGACGCCGGAGAACAAGAAGAAGAAGCCAGCAGCGAAGGUGGUGGUGGCGGACUGGCGGAGGGUAUCGAAAGCAGGGGAGCUGGCGCUGGAGGGGAAGGCGGAGUUGAACGCGCGCGCAGAGCUGUUCAUCCGGCAGUUCCGGGAGGACCUCCGGCUGCAGAGGCUCAACUCCAUCCUCAGCCACACCCACGCCCUGGGCUCCCCGACGGCGGCGCGGUAGCCGGCGUGCACGCCGCGGCUGCCAUGAUGUGCUUGCUCGCUCCGUUGUUCAGACGGACAUAUCCUCUGACACACAAUUUUGGAACAUUGUUUUUCUUUAGACUCCCUUACUAAAUUUUAGCUAGCUAAACUUUAGUCACUUUAGUAGCUAAAGUUACAAACAUAUUGACUAAAAAAAGCUAAAAUAGUUUAGUUCCAUUAGUCAUCCAAGAGUAGCUAAAAUAAUUUUAGCUAACUAAAAUUUAGCGAGGGGAUCCAAACGGGCCUAGUUUAAUUAUUGUUUUUUUUGUUAUUAGUUUAUAUGUAUACACAAGAUAAGAACAUCUUGUUCGCCCAGCUCAGCAGUACGAGACACGUGAAAGUGUACAAAAUUUUUAAGAUUCCACGUUACA